AUGGUGCUCAUCACUGCUUCCAUCAUCUUCACCCCAAUCAACAUAUUUAUCCUGCAUCUUGUAGAGCUUGUCUGCCGACCGACAAUGCCGAAUGUCCGUCACCCCAGAGAUAUUAGGCACCGUACCCAGCGAACCAUUGUUGGCUCGAGGAAGCUCAAUAGUGUCAUCAGCAUGACAGAGAAUCGCCUGCCGCAGAUGAUACAAGCAAUGCGGCCAAUGCUUGUCACCACGAUAAUCAAAAGCAGGCCGCUUCCCAUAAUACGCUUCCUGCAACGUCUGCCGCAUCAUCGCCAAACAAUGCAAAUUAUGAAACCUGCACCGAUCAGCCAUUCAUCCAUUCAUCCAUACUUCCCCAUCAACUCACAUCGCAAUAGUCCCAUACUCCACAAUCCCCGUCGCCCCAAGCCUAUCCGAAAUCUGCUUCGGCAAUUUUAUACUCCCCCAAUUCACCUCCAUAUCCUGCGCCCACAAAAAAUCAUAUUUAUGAUCCAACGACAUAUAUCUCUUGUCCGUGCCAUACGUCUUCUCCACAUCCCAAUUUUUUGUCGUCUGGAAGGCUUCCCGACUCAUAUCGAACGCCACCGUGACGACGAGGAACGGGACCAGAAUGUGGGAGAUGACAUAGCGGGCGAUUUUCCAGAUUCCAGUCCGUGGGGUCGGAUUCUAGACUGCUGGUGCUUGGGCGUCGAUGAAGGGGGGUGUGGUAUGAUGACAUGGUUUUUGGCGAUGCGAGGAGGGGGGAUCAGGAACAAUAGUAAGGAUUCAAGAGGUGGUAGUUAUUGGAUCGCUUUGAUUGGGUGUGGCCGGAAAGAGACGUGUUUGAGAGAGUUGUCGCUGUGGCGGGUAUGUUCUUUGUUUUUUGAACAAAGAAGGUUACGUGGUGCGCACGAACUUCGGGUAUCGCCUGUUGUCUCUCGAGCAGUAUCGUCGUGGAGACCCCUAAGACAGUCCAUCUCUGUGAAACUUGGUCAACACGGCGCUAAGGAUACAUCCAAGAGCGCAGAGCCAGUAUCGCUUUUGGAACGCUGCGUCUAUCGUGAAGCCACAAGGAAGCUGGCUAAGGAUAAAGAAUGUGUGGAAGUUGUCAACUACGUCAUCCAUCUUGCCGCACUUGUUCGAGUACUUGAAAUUCGAAUUGAUGUGCUGUGCUACACUCUGCCUCUUGCUGGCCUACCUUGUGGCCAGCUCAUUCUUGAGCCUUCACUAUCCUGGCAGAUAAGCAACCCAAGACAUAGGAGAGGCGUACGAGGGCGACACAGAACGAGGGGAGAAACGCCCAUGCCUACCGGAGUGCCGUUGCCAAAUCAGGACUUACCUGUAUGCCCUGGUCAAGACACAGCUGACCUGGCCUGGCUAAUCUUGCGGAGGAGUCUCCGAGUAGUAAGGCUGCUGAAAGGCUGCGUUUAUGCCGCAAGAAUUGAGUAUCCAUCGUUCUCCUUCACGGCAGUGUCCUUCGAUAUCUCUUCAUAUGCUGCAACCAUUUCAUACUCUUUCUGCGCUUUCCCAGUAGAGUCCUUCGUACUUUUCGCGGCUUUCUUCAGCGGCACCGAUCGAGACCGCACUACUAUCUGCAGCGCCAGAUGGUGUAGUUUAGGUCCUGAUUCGGUCUUCAAUAAGAACAAUCGCAGAGCUCCGAGGAACGUAAUCUCGAGUAUAUACAGGAGCAAGAUACCAAAGUACGUGAUGAUCGAAAGCAAAAAUAGUAUGCGGUUCCAACUUCUCCAACAAUCCUCGUCUCGAGGCCCCCAGCCUCCACGCCCACAUCACCCGACACUCCCACUUAAAAAUCCCCCCCCCUCCCUCAUUCAUCGACUUCUGCCAUCACAUGCUAAACUCCGCACACCUUACCCAAUUCAUCUUUCCUCUUCCCGCAAAGCCCCUGCACUCCUUGCUCACCGAUCUUCACAGCUCCAAAACCAAGUUCGCGUGUUUUCCCUUUUCUCGCGCCGCACAACGACUUUUUGCACGCGUCAAGCUCCAUCUCGGAACAUCGCUGUUGAAUACCAUUUGAUAGAAUGUAUUCUACAUGGCUGGGAAGGAGCCAUGUCAGGAGAGUCAUUGCCGGCGCGCUGGACCCGCGUAAAGUGCUUGCGUCGCGUUCCUUCCGUUUUCGGUGAUAUUCAGAAGACCACUAUCUUUCAUUUCAGCGCGUUCCUGGCAUUUGCAUCUUGCGCGGGACUGUACUGUCGCAUGUAUGAUGCGCACCUAUUUCUUUUCGCAUUCUCGUUGCCCGUGAACGAUGUCCUGGGCUGUGCUCGCAGUCGUCUUGGUUUCGAAAUGCCAGAAUCCGUAACCAGUCACGGCUCCUCACUGCCUCCUCCGCCAGAAUUGUGUGUCUGGCCAACCAGCGAGGAGUCGGUAUGGGGGAUAACUUCCCGAGGAGAUAUUGAGCAGUGGUCGUGGAGGGCGAGCCGGAAGAUCAGGUAUGCUCCCAAUGAUGUCGUGCGAUCCACCAGUUCAGAGAGGAGAUAUUUGAGCGAGCUUGGCGGACAUUUUGACGACAUUGCAUCAAAGCCUUGGACGUAUCGAUUGGGCGACUAUGAUGUCUCGAUCAUCAGGACACCGCGACACCCAAGACCGAGUGCUAACUGCGUCAGAAAGAGCAUUAAGAGCGAGAUACAGGUACACCCAUUACUCUUCAUUCUGGGCGGCGCGUUGCUGAUGCACAUAGAUAUGUCGAAGUCGGCUUUCUCUGCAACGAUGGCUCGGCAGCGACUACGACCGUCUUUGUUUCUGGUUGGAUCGCGGAGGUCAAAUCGCGUCGAGCGGCGUAAAGCGGAAGCGUCCCACGGCCGACUUUCAGUCCUGGAUGAGGUCAGCCACGGUUCGGAGAGCACUGAGCAGACAUUCCGCGAGGGAAUCGACUCUGAGCACUUCUCUUCCGAGCAUCGAGGCGAUUGCAAACCAGUAGCUCCGAUGGCGCGGCAUGAUCGCAGAGACCUGGUGGGUUCAAACUCCGAUGCGGUUCUGCUGGAGAAAUCUAAUUUCACGACUCGGAGCCCGUGCCAGCUCAUAUCUUCAUCCCGCGUAGGAAUCGUGUUACACAACGUAAGCGAAGCUGCUGAACCGAUUCUGCAGCGUGCUUCAGGCAGGAAGCCACUCGACAUCGCGGCCGACUCGGACGUCGGUAAGCCCAACCCAAUGAGCAUUGGACUUCUCGCAUCCAAGCACGUCACUGGAAAGGUACUUAUGCUCGUGCAGGCAAUGACCCGCGACAAAUGGCAUGAUGGUUCCCAAAACGGCUCAUGUUCAUCCUCCAGGCACGCAUGCGAGGUGCGAUCGGACGGCGUUUUGCCAGGCGUGAGCGCAGAUUCUGCGCUUGAGAUGAUUUCAAAAGACUUUGAUAAUGCAGAAAUCUUUCACGAGAGCAGAUCAGCAAUCAAGCACGUCUUGUCUUCGGUCCGGUCCCUCCCUGCUAUCCAAGGUCAGACUAAGAGGCUUACGCAGCUAACUCCUUUGAGGGCUGGAUCCAUGUAUUUGCCUAUAGAUAAACGCUGCGAUUGGAUGAUGCUGCCUUUGGCGUCUGGCGCCGCGCUCAGUUUUGAGGCAGACUGA